CGGGCGGGUCCUUGUUCUUGCACGCAACAGCUCCCAUCGCCACGUGUCACAGUCACCGCCUCGCCACGUGUCACGGUCACCGCCUCAUGUCGCUGCCGACGUGUCAGUCGAUAUGCUCCCGCACGCUCUUGCCAGCUGGCGCUGGCGGCGCUCAUCUAACUAUCGUUCAUGGGGCAGAGGUUCGAGCCCAGUCGUCGUCGUGCGAUCUAGCAACAGGGAUGGCGCCAUCAACGGCGGCGAACGCAGGCAGUGGAGAUGACCACGUAGGCGUGGUGGCUUCUUUUCCCUGCGGGCUUGCGCGCAGCUAUGGAGGGAUUAUGACACGUGUCGGUUGCUCACGGGGGUUUGCAUGCCGAUGCCGGCAGAGCGAGCGCUUCAGUUAUGCAGCCUCUAGGAGGCAGGGAGGAGUAGGCGGAAGACGAAGUCGGAGAGGAGGAAAGAGAGGGAUCCUUAUGUGGAAGACGGAGGAGGAGGAGGAGGAGGAGGAGGAGGAGGUGGAGACCACCGCUGCUCGGGCACAGAGAUCCCGAUGGACUUUCUGUGGAGUCUUGGGGACAAGGAUUAAAAGGGCAGAGAGAAUGAAUGGGGAGUGUGCAAUUGAAGAUGAGGAGGAGAGGGAGAGGGAGAGGGAGAGGGAGGUGGAAUUGCUCACUCCCCAUUCAUUCUGUUUCGAGAUCGGCAACAAUGAUUCUGGGAAGAGGGGAAUCGAGAGACAGGAGAAGGAGAGCGGGCCAGAGUGCGGUGGGCCCUGCUGGAAUGGACUUGAAAGGGCGGCCAAAUACAUGGAGCAUGAUGCUUGGCUGCUUGAGAGAGGGGUUCAGACCCUGGAUGAGAGAGCGAGGAGCGAUUUCCUUAUCUUCUCGCGGGAGGUUCUAAGGCUGGAUGACCGUGCUCGGCGCAAUGUUGCACUUUUGGGGUCUUCCUUCCUUAAGCUGGAUGCUCGAGCAAGAGAAGAUGCCAUUCGGCUUGAUACAUCAGCAAAGGAGAAUGUGGAACGACUCAGAAAGAUUGCAAUGGGUCUGGAGAUGACUGCGAGGAUGGAGCUCAGAUCAGCCGCAACAGAGCACUGGAGCGAUGGAGCACUUGAGGCAGACUUACGCCUGGCAGAUCUGCGCGCAAAGAGAAGGGCUAUGGAGGAUGCAUACACAACAAUCCAGGAGCUGAACGAGGAUGCUAACAAGUCAAGGCUUGAUCCUGCAGGGCGCAGGAAACUGCUGCUUGUUCCAGGUGCCAUGGAAAGAUUAUGGGAAUUUGAAGAUGCAUUUCAAACAAUGCUUUCAGAGAUGGAGAAAGCAGAUACAUUGGACUAUGAAGAUGCAGAGGAGCUAGAGUUCAUUGUUGCUGCAUUGUUGGAUAUGGGGGAGGUGGAAAGUGCCAGCGGUGCUUCGUUAGUAGCCGAGUGUGCAAAGUCCCCAGACAUCGAAACAAGGCUUGCUUUGGCGAAAGCCCUCGGGGCAGCUCCAUCUGUUUGGGCGUUGGGCAAUGCAGGGAUGGGAGCCUUGCAAAAGCUGGCAACAGAUAAGGAUGCUGAGGUGGCACAGGUCGCGACGGGAAUCUUGUACAAAUUCCGAAGCCUGUGGGAAAGUGGAGCUGAUGUUGGAGGUUUGCUUUAUUUAACGCGCGGAAUAGAGAACAGAGGAGGAGAGGAGGCACCCGACGGCCAAACGGAUGGCCUUGAACCUGAUAUCGAAGAUGAUGACGAUGGUCACGAUGGCAGUGGCAGCUAGCAAGGCAGCUGCCGGGCGGCAUUUUUAUCCGACGGGGUGGGGAAAAGUUCAAAAAGGGGUGAAAACUUCCCUAUGUGCAGGCCGCAGUAAGAUGACAAGAGUAACAGUUGUUGAAUGAGCACGGGAAAAUGGUGGUGGUUGGUGAACAGGGUGGAUUGCACGAGGCAUGAGAUCUGCAAGCAACAGGACGUAGUUGAAGUGCGGAGCAGUCACGCUGGUUCAGACGAAGUCAUUUGUAAUCAAUAGACCCACUGUCCUUGGGGGUGUGCGUUCGAUUGUGAAUAUUUUUCUGGUCUGUUCUUCAUGAUGCUUCUCUCUGAUUAUUAAAUUUGUGUUUGUAACUUCGUACGUGACGCGAAAGACAGUCGUUUAAACUGAAUUGGUGCGCUUUUUUCCGAUUUAUUAACGAGUCUAAACUCCAUCUUGGGAGACGUUUCUUCUUCCCUCUGAUUUGCAUGGCUGGAGGUUGGAAUCAUUCCUUUGGCCUCGGCUAGAGGUUGGAAAUUGAACACU